AUGUCAUCUACCUCACUUGGAAAAUCAUCACUCACCGACUCUCAGGCAUCUUUCAAACUGCAGGGAUUCGAAACAGAACGAGUUGAACUUGAUCAACUCAUUGUCAAAUACAAGGACCAAAUUGACCAAUACGCACAGAAUGGAAUCACCGUCGAGAAGACUCUCUCAUGUCCAUUGGGUGCUUCAUAUUUCUAUAAAUUCUUGUCUGAAGAAUUCAACAAGGAGAAUAUUAUCGCCUACUAUGAUUUAAAGUCGCUCAAUGAUUUUCUAUUAUAUUCGAAAAAGAAGAUGGAUUGGGUCAUUGACACCUCCGAAGUAUACAAAGAAGAAUUAUUGAAUGAUUUUGAUACUGAUACUCGUUCCUCAAUCACUUCCAUGUCUUGGGUAAGCAACACCUCAUCAGCAACAUCAUGUUAUCGAUGUGUGGCAAGUACCAAUGAAAUGAAGGAAUGUGCAAAAAUGAUUGACAAGUUCACAAACACCUAUUUGAACGCCUCUUCGAUACAUGAAAUCAAUAUUAGCUCACCAAUGAAAUCCAAAACGUUAAAAGCUACAGAAUUUGUGAAGGAUUUGAAAAAGUUUUUAGAAAUUGCUGCUAAGGAUGAAACUUGCUCAGUGAGUGUGGAAGAGCAAACAAAAGUCAUGCAUCAACAUAUCGAUGAGUUGCUCAUUGUACUCGAUGAGUUGAAAACUGAACUCUUGCAGAACAUGAUGGAUCCUUUCCAAAGAUUUUUGACUAGUGACGGUCUCUACGAAUGUUUGGCUUUAUUCUUGUCAAGUCAAGGAGAUGAUGGCUUCCAUCGCCAACGAAUUUUGAAUGCGAAUAAGGCUGAAGGUACUAUUGUUUUGAAUCAACCUGAUAUGAGCUCGUCUCAGCAACACUUGUCCAUCAUUAACGAUACCAUGAAGAAUUUGAGUGUUGGUCAUCCAAUUACUCGAUUGCAACAACUACUCGAAGAUUUGUUAGAUAUUCUCAAUCAAUCUACAGAUUUGUACGCUAUCAGUCAAAGCGAAACUGCUGGAUCAAUGAAAGAUGACUCCAAGAAUCAAGUACAAAUCGAUUUGAAAUAUGACGAUUUAACCCUUCCUGGAAAACACGCAUGGGAAAAGUUUGUUCACUCAUCCUAUGACUUGGCUCAUGUUGAUUUGACAUUAUUGAAGACUGAUGAAGAGAAACUUACAUUUUUCAUUAACGCUUACAAUUUGAUCUUACUUCAUGCAUUGCUUGUCUCUGGAAGUUUACCUCAAGUUGAAGUGACCAAUAUCAUCUUUUACAGAAAAGUGAAAUAUAAUAUUGGAGGACAUUUAUUCUCUCUUUCUGACAUUUUCAAUGGUAUUUUGCAAUGCAAUCAAAUGAAAUGUCUUAUUUAUGGUAAAGCAUUCAAGAAGAAUGAUGAGAGACGAAAGUUCAUUCCAGAUCGAACAUUCCCUGAGGUUUACUUUGGACUCAUUAACAUGACCAAAUAUUCACCAAAAUUACAAGUUUAUCAACCAACCACUUUACUCGACAGUUUGAAACAAAACACUGAAGAUUACUUUACAAGAUAUGUUCAAGUACUUGCCUCUAGUCAAGAUCCAUCCGACCUUGUGGAAAUUGCCAUUCCAACCAAUCUCAAAGAACACAAAGUUGAGCUGAAAAACUUUUGGAAAGGCGACACCAAGACAGUGCUGAAAGCAGUGAGUAAUUUGAGCACUGCUUCGUCGAGCAUGUCGUCAUUGAAUCCAGAUAUGACCGAAUCGAGUAGUGUUUCUUCUGGAUCCGAGUCAACUGUUGAAACUGAGAAGAGAAAGGAAGUUUUGAAUUAUCUCAUUGAGAAUUAUCAUCCCGAGUUGUUCAAUACACUCACAGGUGAGACUAAGAAGAUUACUAAAAAGACCAAACUCUCGUACAAACCCUACCAAGUGAAUCCUCCUAAUUGGUUCACUGUAUUCCGAUCUGAAUUCCAACAACAAAUUCAAGACAAGUUCAAAGUCGACGUACCAGCCUCAGGUGAAGUCUUACUUGCCAAGCAGGCAAAAGAAAAGCAUUGUCUCAUUGAGUCAUUCUUUUCUAAAUUUUCUAGAACACAAAAGUUGGUGGAGAAUGCCAAUUCUACAGCAGGUAACACGAGUGGGGAACCAAAGGAAUCAUUCUGUAAGAGAAAACGAGCUGCUGCCAUGUGGCAAAACAAAUCAUUCAAGAAGAAGGAUGUUUCCAUUAUUGAUUUCAUUUUAGGAAGAAAGAAGGAACCAACAGCAAAGAAACAAAAGAAACAAUCAUGUCUCAUUGCUUAA